GUAAACACGACGCGGUACACACGCGCUCAAACAUCAGGUUUCAAAAGUGAAAUUUCGACACACGGAUAUUCGCCGUACAAAUAAGCCAUGGUUAUCGCUGAAUAUUGGAAAGCGGACUACCUCUUUUGGGUUUUCCCCGCGAUGAUAGCCACCGGUCUACUCAGCGGCAUCGGUCUAUUGCUCAUUCUACUGGGAAUCAAGUUCUACGCACGGUAUACUUGCGGGAUGUAUAAACGAAAGACCAAGAUGGAUGGGAAGACGGUGAUAAUAACUGGUUGUAAUACUGGUAUCGGCAAAGAGACUGCUAAAGACCUGGCUAUGAGAGGUGCAAAGGUUAUCAUGGCUUGUAGGAAUGUUGAUAUGGCGGAGAAAGUCAAAGAUGAGAUCAUCGAUAUUACGAAAAAUAAAAAUGUUAUAGUUAAGAAAUUAGAUCUCAGUUCGUUCGCUUCGAUCCGCGCAUUCGCUGAAGAUAUAAACAAAACUGAACCUCGUUUAGAUGUACUUAUCCAUAACGCUGGUUACGCAGACUUAUUAAAGAAAAGAAAAUCAGCUGAUGAUAUUGAAUUAACACUGGCAACUAAUCAUUACGGACCUUUUUUGCUCACUCAUUUAUUAAUAAAACUAUUAAAAAAAUCUUCACCUUCCCGUAUCGUUGUUGUCGCGUCUUCUUUAUACCGCAUAGGUUAUUUUAAUGUUAAAAACCCAAAUCCGAUAAACGAUUUCUCUGGCUACCAAUAUUACGUAUCUAAAGAGGCGAACAUAUUAUUCACAAAGGAGUUAUCUCGUAGAUUAGAAGGUACAGGAGUGACAGUUAAUUGCUUACACCCAGGUUUAAUCGAUACUGGAAUUUGGAAUUCAAUACCAAGACCUUUAUCUUGGUUCUGGAAUUUAGUGAUCAAAGGGUUCUUUAAAACGCCAACUGAAGGAUGUCAGACUACUGUUAUGUUGGCAGUAGACGAAGAUCUGGUGAAUACAACGGGAAAAUAUUUCUCCGAUUGUCAAGAGAGUUCUGUAUCAAGUGCUGCCAGUGAUAUGAAGAGGGCGAAAAAACUCUGGGAGGUAUCAGAGAAGAUUGUCAAAUUGGAUGAAAACGAUCCUAGGAUUUAAUUUGAAUCUCUUUUGUUUAUUUGUUAUCUGUGUAACCGAGUUAUUUAUAAAACAUAUAUAAUCUGUACUAUUA